UAAUUAUCGACGUGUUGAGUUUGACGUAAAUCAGCAUGAAGGUAUCUUUAAUACAAUUGAUGAUGGGUGUAAUGGCCUACGCCGCUUGUGUGUUGGGUGGCUUCACCAACGAAGAGAUGCUUGCCAAGGUCAAGAAACUUGGCGGCAAAAAAGUAUUUCAGUUGAAAGAAAACAACUAUGAAGAGUUCCUCAAUGGACCCAGAGACUACCACUUGAUGUUGGUAUUAUCAUCUACUUCCAGUCAGUUUAACUGUCCGCUAUGUGUGGAAAUCAAGCCCGACUACGAGUUGGUGGCCAACUCGUGGUUCCAGGACCAUCCUAAUGGUGUGGGCGCUCUGUCUGAAGGUAAAGACGUUUACUUUUUGUACGCAGAAUUUUUAAAUGCUAAACUGUUGUUCCAAAAAUUGCAAUUGAACAACAUUCCCAAGGCGUAUUACGUGGCACCCAGUGCUGCUAGUGCUCCGGAUGCGUGGACGGAUGAGCUUGAAGAGUAUCAGUUUUUCCAGGGAGUUCACACCGAGUUGAUCUCCAUCUUCUUGGGGGACAAGACCGGCCACAAGUUCAAUGUGUACGUUCCAGUCAGUUACAGCAAGCUUGGAUGGACUGUCUUCAUUGUGGCUGUGGUGGUUUUGUGGCUCAAGGUGUUCUUCAAGCAAUUCAAGGUAUUGCUCUCUUCCAAGCUUUUGUGGACAGUGUUGUCGAUCAUCACCAUUUUGUUGUUCACCUCGGGAUACAUGUUUAAUCAGAUCCGUCAUACGCCCUACUUCAAGCAGAACCCCGAAGGAGCUGUGGAGUACUUUGCUGGGGGUCAGCAGACGCAGUAUGCAAUUGAGACUCAAAUCGUAUCGUUUAUCUAUGGUAUCUUGAGUCUUUUGUUCGUGACGUUGGUGAAAAAAGUCCCAACCAUUGAACAUCCCAAAGUCAAAUUGUUGGCCACUGGUCUCGUGACCAUCUCUAUCUACGCUAUCUUUAGCGUGUUAUUGGCCAUAUUCGGCAUCAAAAGCCCCGGGUUUCCCUUCAAAUUCUUCAAGAUCUUUGGUUAGAAAAUACAUCUUCGUCACUCUAC